GGUAACUUUUACUAUAGGUAAAUCGAUUUUUCCUCGAGAAAGUAUUCCGAUUGUGUCUUUACCUUUAUCAUCAACUUUUCAAACCCGUUUCGCGAGUUGUAAUAAAUAGAGAUACAGAACGUAGCUUUUCUAAGCGAUUCUACUGCGAUUAGUUUAUCUAUUGUAACAAAAGAAAAAUUUCUCGGGAAACACAUAUGAUAACUGUAAUGUUCUUGAGAAAAGAGCGAUCGUGGGGUUUAUGACAUAAUUCCCCGUUAAAUUUCCCAAGAUCUAAAAAUAUCUUUAGUGAAAUAGAACGGCCGCGCUUCUGAAUCGGAGCCAGAAAAUCGCUACGUUUUCACUCAAGGCGUGAUUAUCACUUUUCUCACUUUUAAUAAAAACUUUCCAAGUUUUCUCAAUCCUUUCGACUUUCCUUAGUCAUUUGGACCUUGCACCGAUGACUGCAUGAUGCACAUUGCACACUCACGUUCAUUCAUGUCGAAUUUAAUCGUUUUGCAUCUCUUUUCCAUGUAUAGAAAUAAAAUUCUUCUCAAAUUAUUCUUGCGAGCAACGAUAUGUAAUAUUACUUCAUUCGAAUAUAUUACAGCUUGCAGGAUUGCGGCAGUAGCUAUGACAAGAAAUCGAUGACCUGUAUGUGAAACGUUUCUAGACAUUUCGCUUAAUAUCUUUCUUGACGAUCGAAAUUUGACGGAUGAACCAUGUCGUCGUCGAGGCCCAGACGACCUAGCGUAUCGAUCUAUGAUUAUCCGGAACAUCUGAAUCCGUUCAACGAUGACACGACAAAUUCUCAGUCACAAGUGCAUCACGAGGGUAAAUCAUCGAAAGAUUCCAAGCACAAAUUCUGGACGUUUGGCAAAAGCCGAAAGAAAAGAUCAAACAGCUUCUCGAUCAAAUCGACUUGGAAUGGAUUGUUCGGAAAACGCAAAGAAACUUCAGAAUCGGAAAAGAGAUCGACGAUUACAACAGUUUCGACUACGUACAAAAGAGAGUCUUAUGACAGCAAAUCGACAGUACCUUCGCGAUUAUCUAAAGAUCAACAAGAAUUUGAUGAAGCUUUAGGAACUUUGACAAGGAGAAGGAAAUAUACUUUCGACGAUAAUACCUCGAGAUAUAGCUCGAAUUUAACAGUAAACGGGGAUCCUGCUAGGAUCUACGAUGUAAAUCCUCAAAAUACUACAACUUCUAUCAUGAGCGUCGAUCUCACUCCGAAACCACCAGCCAGAAGAUUUGGACAGGUGAGUCCAAGACCGACGGACAAGAUACCAUCUUUGGAUUUCGAAAAUAAGCAAUCCAAACAUAAUGGUAGUGUUAAUUGUCACGAUAAAUCGGAAGAAAUCCCGAUUCCACCAAUGCGAAGAUUUGGCAAUAGAUCAUCACAAAGAUUGAAUGCAACCACAUUGGAUGCUGAGGAAGAUUCGACCAAUCGAUCCGCUAACAUUAGCCUGAGAGAUGAGAACGAAAAUAUGCCCGAGGAUUACGUUUUCAAGAGAUUCAAUCAGGACGCUGUGAGAAAAUCGAAUUUGUCCAUCAACAGCUGUAUAUCCGUUACCAGUACGACAAGUGGGUACGGUCGCAAAAAACGGAGAGCACCGCAACCGCCAAAACAGAAGGAACAUUUGGAUACCCCUCUGGAAGAUUAUCAAUCUACAGCGGAAGCUAAUAAAACAGAAUCCGAAUCAGAAACGAGUAAACUUGAACUCCGAAUAACCGAGCCGAUCGAUAUCGCCAGGAUCACAAAAAAUAACGAUGAAAUAAAAAAUUAUGAAGAAUUGAUCGAGACAUCGCCGCGGAAAAAAGAAGAGCAAACCGAAUUACAUCCGAAAAUUACGGAGAACUUAACUGACGACACUUUGAAGAAUAAUGAUAGAAAAAAUGAAACAUGUGAUAUUUCUAAAGAUUACGAGUAUGAGAAAAAAGAAAGGAAGGAUUCUUCAAAGGAAAAAGUAGUGCCUAACUCUAAUGAAAGAUCAGAGAAAACUGAAUCUGAAACGAGAAUAACUGAAAAAUCAAAUAAGGAGGCCAUAAAUAUCAUUGCUGACGAAAUAUCAUUGCCCAUCGAAAAAGAUUCCGUAGAUGUAGAAUAUAGGAGAACAUCUCAGGAAAAGAUCGAAAUUAUCAAGGAUAUCGAACAAAAAUCUGAUGAAGUUUGUCUGAGAAAAAAAGAUUCAUCUAGCACGUUAUCACGAAGCGACAGUUUUUCCGUAAAAGAGGAAAUUGAAAAGAUUGAAAAGCAGAUUAAAGCAUUAGAAAAUAAAAACGCAUCUAAAGAACAAGAAGAUACCGACGAUACAUGUUACGAUGAUUCGAUAACGAGUACUAGAUUAUCUAUCGAAGCAAAUCGUCGGCACUUUUUCGAAAAUAUGGUAGACGGACCAUCUGGUCCAAUUAAGUUGGAAUUUAAGAAAUUACCACGCGAGCAAAAGGACAUACAUGUAGUCAGAUUAACGGAUACACCAAUACCAAUCGCAGCGUCUCGUGAUCCAGUAAAGGUAAUCGAACUACACAUCUCCGAACCGAUCAGGCAUAAACCCGAGCUCUUGGAUGAAGUAAAUCCCAUACCGAAACCCAGAAGACACAGUGCGCUUAGUCUAAGAGACACAACUGAAUCUAGAUCAAAAGAUGAAAGUAAAAGCUUAAAAGAUGAUGAUAAGAGAGGAAAAUCCUUCUAAAAUUUUUAAGUUUCAUCCAUAUCUUUAGACCAUACUUUUAGUCCAUAUCUUCCUAAUGAAAUUUUGUUAUUUCCGUGAUUUCUAUUGAAAGCAUGAUUGUGUUUAAGAAUUUCGAAAAUCUAUUGUAUUUUAUAUGAACUAUUAUUCAAAGACUGUAAGUACAUUCUAUGUAUCUUCGUUUUUUUAUUAGAGUGCAAUGAUAUCAUACUAAGGCAUCGAAUAUACUUUUCUGCAAAAAUAUUUACUGCAGAGAGAAUCUAG